AGACUCGAAGUUUAACGGGCGUGCCUUUGCCAAUUUGCAGUCGGAUAGCCCAGCCAUAUCUCCAUCGACUGAAACUCCGGCGGUAGAUUGCCGUUGUCUUCGCCGCCGCCGCCGCCGCCGAUUGCAGCUUCAAGCGAACGGGAGGCUCGCUCUGUGCCCGCAGUGCACGAAUGAGAAGGAAAUAGAGAAAGUAUAAUGGCUUGACGGAUUUAUCUUCAGAAGGGGAAGAAGAAGCUCCAAGUCGGUUUUUCACAUCACGCUGAAUACUCUGUUGGGUUCUGUCACAUUUACUAGAAUUGAGUUCGCACUUGACUUAAAGGUCUUGAUGAAUUCCCUACAUUUCUCUUCUUCCCUACCUCUGUUCCCAUCACAUUCCCACCAUCCCCUACCUCAUACUACGCCGCAGUGUUGUUAUUUUGGUUCUAGUGACCACCGUCGGCGCAAACACUAUUUUUCUCAUUCUUCUCUAUCCUAUACCUACACUUCAUCUAACUUAUCGAAUUUCCGUUUGUCGUAUAUGGGUGCAAAUGCUCUGUCAAAUGAGGAGACAAUACCUGUUAUGAAUUUCGAGGAACUUGUAGAGAAAGAUUGGUCCUUUCUUGAGAUGGAUGACAAUCCUCAAGUGGGGCACAAUAUUGGACGCAUAAUAUCUGCAGGAGAAUUAGAGAGCACCUCCAAAGUUUUGGUUUCUUUUGGUUCUGAAGGUUUUGUAGAUAGGUUGGCUGAUAUAUCAAACAGCCAGCUUCUGCUUGUUGUCCAUGAUUCACUUCUCGUGUUGGCCUGUAUUAAGGAAAAAUAUGACAAGGUUAAGUGCUGGCAAGGUGAACUAAUAUAUGUUCCAGAAAAGUGGGCGCCUUUUGAUGUGGUGUACAUUUAUUAUCUGCCUGCUUUACCGUUUGCCCUUGACCAGGUUUUUGAAGUACUAGCGAAGCGAUGCCUUCCAGGUGCCAGAGUUGUUAUUGGUCAUCCUCUAGGGAGGCAAGUCCUGGAGCAGCAGCGGCAAGAAUUCCCUGACUGCAUAGUCUCUGAUUUGCCUGAUAAGACGACCUUAGAGAAGGUUGCAGUUGCCCAUUCCUUUGAAAUGGCGGAAUUCGUAGAUGAGCCUGGAUUUUAUCUUACUGUUUUGAAGUUCAAUGGGGCGUGAAUACGUCUUCUGUCAUGUUAGAGGGACCACUCAUAUUUACACAACAACUGAGUUUGAUCGAGUAAAGUAAAUUCAGCUUCAUGAGCCCAGAA